UGGGAGGCCUCCUUUCGCUGGCGGAAAAGGUCAUAACCGCUCAACCCCGAAUUGCCGCAACUUGCGAACCACUACAUUUAAGCAUGGAGAUUUCCCAGAGAGCAGUUUUUGUUCAUUCUUCACAGACUAUUCAACUUGGCGGAAUACACACACAAUGUCGCAAUCACCACAAGAUCUCCGCAUUGCCAUCCUGGGCGCCGGAAUGGGCGGUUUAACCUGUGCCCUGGCUCUGGCGCGGCGCGGGUUCAAGAAUAUCGACGUUUAUGAAUAUGCAUCGGACCUGGGUUUUGUCGGGGCUGGUAUUCAGCUUGCGCCGAAUAUGGCUCGUGUGCUUGAUAAUCUUGGUGUGUGGAAGGGGAUUGAGGCUGAGGCUGUUAAUAUUCUUGAUACUAGUGUUAGAGUCGGCGCAACGGACACCCAACUUGCACACGUUGAUCUGGAAUACAUCGAAAAGACAUACGGCUACCCGCACAUGGUAGGCCACCGACAUUCCCUCGCCAACGGCCUCUACGAAGGCUGCAAGCAGCACCCAGCCAUCAACUUCCACUUCUCGACCGAGGCCGAGACAAUCGACUCCUUCGGCCCCAACGCAUCUUUCACAGCGAUACCCCGCGAUGGCAGCGGGUCGUACCGCGUCGAAGCAGACGUAAUCCUCGCCGCAGACGGCAUCAAGAGCAAGGCGCGCGUCGAGAUGCUCAAACGAUUGAACGUCGACGUCGGCAUCAAAGACACCCACCAAGCCGCGUACAGAAUCAUGAUCCACAAAGACCAAAUUAAAGAUGACCCCGAACUGCUCGAACUCAUCAACAGCACCCGAGUCACUCGCUGGAUCGGCGAAAAGCGCCAUAUCAUCGCCUACCCAGUCUCCAACAACAACAUCUACAACCUCUCCACAACGCAACCAGACAGUAACUUUGCAGCUGCCACAAAUGCAACAUACACAACCAAGGGCUCGAAGUCAGCCAUGUUGGGCGUUUUCUCCGACUUCUGCCCCAUGGUCCAGCGCAUGCUCAACUACGUCCCGGAAGGCGAAGUCUGCGAGUGGAAACUGCGCAUCCACGACCCCCUCCCAACAUGGAUCCAUGAAUCCGUCGCUCUUGUCGGCGACGCAUGUCAUCCGACCCUCCCACAUCUCGCACAAGGCGCGGCACAGGCCAUCGAAGACGGCGCUGUACUUGCGGUCGUCCUCUCGCGACUACCAAACACACAACCAGAGUCUAUCAACAAAGCACUUCGCGUGUACGAGAAAGUCCGCAAACAGCGUGCAUACGCGCUCGUCGAUCUAGCUUCUGCAUCUGGUCGCGCGCUGCAUCUAGGCGAGGGUGCGGCGAAGGAACAAAGAGAUAAGCAGUUUGCAGCGUUGAGGCAGGGUAAGGGGCCUGUGCCGGAUAAGUGGGCGGAUGCGGAUGUGCAGAGGGAGAUUUAUGGGUUUGAUUGUACGAGGGUGGCGGAGGAGGAGUUUGAUGCGUUGUACAGUGAGAUGUAGGUUCCAUAUGUGAGGAAUGAUG